AUGCCUUACCUCAGAGAAUUCAGUAGCAUUGACAAGAGGUAUUUCACCACCAAUCAGACAAACGCCAAUUCGGAGCACAGUAGUGUACAGCACACUUUACGGUGGUUGGAGAUCAGCAGUCAGAGUGAACAACCAAAGCUAAAGUUGGCCUCUGGUGGAAAUGGCGGAAUGCCGUUCACGUACGUCAGACUGGACGACGGCGCCAUCAUGACCAGGCUAAAAGCCUGGAAGGACGAUUGGCGUAUCCGUGGAGUGGAGAUGUGGAUGAGCGACGGGAAGUCUCACCUUGUUGGGAAGCGUUCUGGAUCUUCAAGCGAGUUUCGCUUGAACACCGGCGAGAAGCUGACCAAACUCAACAUCCAAGCCAGCGGAGAGACCAGCUCAGGCGGGAAUCAUCGUCUAGGCGCCAUCUGGUUGCAGACGGACAAAGGGCGCGACUGGGGAAUCUUCUCGAGCUGGUUGGAAGAGGACGGCCGUUACUGUCCGGAUGUGGGCUCUGGCAUUGUCUGCGGAAUGUUCGGUGCCGGAGGCGAGGACGUCGACAGUCUGGGGUUCGCUAUACUGCAUCCAAUUAAGCAGGCACGCUUGGUGGACGUCACCUACCCAAAUCUGGACACGGAAAUUGUCGCCUCGGUUCCGGAAACCGUCGUCCAGCAGAGUAUCACCAAUGAGUCGUCCGUAGAACAGACCUACACCGUGAAGGGUUCCCGAUCCGUCACCAUUACGCGACAGUGGAGCAUUACCACGGCUUUGGAGCACUCUUUGCAGACAACGGUCUCUGGUGGUAUCCCAGGGGUGGAAGGUGUAAAGGCCAGUUCAACCUGGAAGGUCACCGCGAUUGCCUCAUACGGUAGGUCCACAACGACAACGGAACAGCGCACGUGGGAAUGGCCGAUCAAGUGCCCCCCAAACCGCCUUUUGUAUGCCACAGGUACCAUGUACGCCGACUCUAUAGACACGGAGUACAAAGCCAACAUGCAGAUCGACCUUCAGAACGGCAAUAGCUACAAGUACAGCGUGGAGGGGAUCUACGGCGGCAUGAAUGCUCGCAGUGGGUCAGUCAAGAUUGAGGACCUGGGCCCUGCACUUAAGCAGUUAACACUGGGAACGUCACGAUUUUAG